CUCUGUUUCAGGCAAAAUGCAAAGUCAGCAUAGUAGCCGCACCGAUGUGACGAACACCACGAAUCCUGCGAUCCUGGAGCAGUUAAAGGAACAGCGGUUCAACGAAAGGAAUCUGAUCAUAUACAAUCCUCCUGGAGUGAAUGAAGAACUUUCCGCCCGAUUCCUGCGCAGCUUGGCUUUUGCCACCUUCAAGCGAAGAUCGCCCGCAUUCUUGCGAGAUUUGAUCACGUUUCUGCAGGAUCGAGAGCCGGAAAUCAUUGAGCUGUGUGGUGACUAUGCCCAUUUUGAUUUGAAGCGUACCAUCUGGAGCCUGGAGCUUCUGCGCGAGGAGAUAAUCAACAACAAAGAGUUCCAGAUAUUCCGCGUCAAGGCGCCCGAUACUGACAGCUGGAACACGUUUCUAAAGGGACUUGGAGAGGACAGAAGGCAAUGGUUCUCGGCGGUUUGGUUGCAUGCAGAUUGCUACUUGUAUCGGCGCAUUUGGUCGAUCUUCCAGCGAUCCGAAUCCCUGGCAAAGUAUGAUUACUUCGGGGAUCAAAAGACGUCCGCUGUUAGCAAUGUGGCGCCUCUGAUGAGGGACAUCCUAGUCUCCACCAAAGGCAUAACGCGCAGUGAGGAGGACUUUCAGUAUCUCCUAAAACUAUGUGCGUGGGCCAAUCACGGCGACUUGAACAUCACACGAAGGGGAGCGCAUGACAAGAUCUACAAGCAGAUUGCCAAAUAUGACAUUGAUUUGUUGGCCGAUCAGUCGUCCGAUAUAUGGAAGGAUCUCACCGAGGCCAGUGACCCCGUCUACGUGGACAUCGUGUGCGACAAUGCGGGAUUUGAGCUCUUUGCGGAUCUCCUGCUGGGCGAGUAUAUUAUAGAAUCGGGCUUGGCGAGUCGGGUGCGGUUCCACGUGAAGGCCAUCCCGUGGUUCAUCUCGGAUUGCACGCAAAGGGACUUUCACUGGCUGCUGAAGUUCUUUCGCAAGCAUGAGUUUCAGGAAUUGAAUUAUUUUGGCAAAAGGAUACGGAGCUACAUCAUGGAUCGUGCCUUUAUCCUGUGCGACAAGAGCUACUUCUGGACAAGUGGCUACGACUGCAGCCAGAUGAAGCGGGUGCAGCCCUGCUUGUAUGUCUACAUCAGCCAGGCAGCGCUGGUGAUUUUCAAAGGAGAUCUCAACUACCGAAAACUGCUCGGCGACAUCAACUACAAACCAAUUACCCAGUUCUCCGAUUGCCUGCGCGGCUUUCAGCCCACCAGCGUCUGUGCCCUGCGCGUCAUCAAAUCGGAUAUCUACUGCGGGCUGCCCAUCUGCACGGUGGAGAAAUUGAGCGAGCAGAAUCCAGAGUGGAUGAUCACCGGCGACAAGGCCGUCAUACAAGUGGCCAUCAAGCAUCGUCUCUCGAGUGACAUUAUCGUUCCAUCAACAAGAAAUGCCAUUUGGUCUCGCUAGAUAUCCCAAUUAACAGCCCAUGUUUAUAUGUAGCUAUUGUCGUUUUAUUAAAUUAUCUCCUAAAUGGUAGGCGGUGUAAGUCGUUAAAAUAA